AUGGAUGAUGAUGACUCACCAAAUUUGAGUUCAAUUUUCCUAGGAAGACCUUUUUUGAAAACAGCCAGGACAAAAAUUGAUGUUUAUGAUGAGGAGUGUUUUGAUUUGUCUAAUCUUGAUGUGUUAGCUCUCAUUUUAGACAGGAAUCUUCAAAAGGAAAGAGUGGAAAAACUUGCCAAUCAAUAUACAAUUGAUAAAGAGAUUAUGGAGGUUGUGUAUUGCAUGGAUGAGAAGAAGAAAAUGAGGUUUGAUGUUCCAAAGUUGAAAAUACCGAUGUCUAAUGAGAAACUUGUUCCUUCUAUUGUGCAGGCAUCGGAAUUGGAGCUCAAAACUCUACCCGAGCAUCUCAAGUACGCAUAUCUUGGAGAUAAAGAAACUUUGUCAAUGAUCAUCUCCACCAAGUUGUCAAUAAAAGAAGAGGAAGAGCUUGUCACCACUUUGAAAGAGUAUAAGGAAGCUAUUGGGUGGACUAUAGCCGACAUCAAAGGGCUAAGUCCUUCACUUUGCAUGCACAAUCCUUACGGAAGAAGACUACAAGCCUUCCCGAGAAGCUCAAAGGUGUUUGAAUCCUCCAAUGAUGGAGAUAGCAAGUGGGUAAGUCUGGUCCAAUUUGUGCCCAAGAAGACAGGAAUUACCAUUACAAAGAAUGACGAAGGUGAGUUAGUCUCCAUCCGUGUGCAAAACGGGUGGAGAGUUUGUAUUGAUUAUAGAAGACUAAAUUCCUCAACCCGGAAAGACCAUUUCCCACUUCCCUUCAUUGAUCAAAUGUUGGAAAGGAGAAUGCCUUUUGGACUUUGCAAUGCUCCAGCCACUUUUCAAAGGUGCAUGAUUUUGCAAAGAUGUAUUGAGACCAAUCUUCUUUUGAAUUAUGAAAAGUGUCACUUUAUGGUGGACAAAGGUCUCAUACUAGGUCAUAUUGUGUCUUCUAAGGGUCCAGAAGUGGACAAAGCAAAAAUAGAUGUCAUAAAAUCUUUACCUUAUCCCACUUGUGUUCAUGAGGUACGCUCAUUUCUUGGUCAUGCAGGAUUUUAUAGAAGGUUUAUCAAAGAUUUUUCCAAGAUAUCUCAUCCCAUGUGUGAACUCCUACAAAAAGAUGCAGAAUUCGAAUUUUCCAAAGAGUGCAAGCAUGCUUUUGAUCAGUUGAAAGAGUUGUUGAUAACAGCACAAAUACUUCAAUCAUCGGAUUGGAGUUUGCCUUUUGAAAUAAUGUGUGAUGCCAGCAAUCAUGCAGUUGGUGCAGUGUUAGGGCAAAGAAAAGAUCGUGUUCCUAAUGUCAUUUACUAUGCUUCAAAAACACUUGAUAGUGCACAAGCCAACUAUUCAACAAUUGAGAAAGAAUUGCAAUCUAUUGUCUUUGCUUUAGAGAAAAUUCGUCAAUAUUUGUUAGGUUCUAAAGACAAGAGCGGAAAGUCAAACCUUGUGGCUGAUCGUCUUAGCAGGAUCGUUUCUCCCAAUGACUCAACUCCCGUUCAUGAUGCAUUUCCCGAUGAGAACCUAUUUUCAACAAAAAUUGCCCCAUGGUAUGCCGAUAUUGUGAAUUACAUCGUCACAAAUCCGUUUCCACCAUAUUUGACUCGAUGGCAAAAAGACAAGAUGAAGAAAGAAGCCAAGAGCAUACCACCCACAAACAAUGGACAAGAUGAGGUGAGCAAUCGACAAAUCAAGGUCAUUUUGGAGAAAAACGUGAAUACAUCAAGAAAAGAUUGGAGUACACGCCUUGAUGAUGCUUUGUAG